AUGUUCAAGCGCCUUUCCAUCACCGCAAGCCGAGACUUUAUGCAAAAUUCCCACGACUACUCUUCCCUCCUCAUACUCAUCAGGAUGCGCGGUCUACGAUUGCUCCGCUCCAUUUUGAAGGCAGAGGAACCCGGGCACGGAUUGCGCUAUUCCGACAAUGAACGAGAAGGACCUGAGAGCAAUGGCCGCCGGUUCAUGGAACUUGUGCACGGCGAGUUCACUCACGUGAAGGAGGUCACGGUCGAAGGUUCUACGGCCGUCGAUUACACUACGGGCGACGGUGUAGCUCUUCCGCGGGUGAUGUCCGCACUGGGGGAGAGGAUCAAGGGCUGGGAAGUGCCGAAAUUGAUGGUGCAGAUAUUUUGGGGGGGGGGGUUCACGGGGCGAUACGGAAGGUUUUGA